AUGUAUAGACCCACAUGGGAGCCUGACCCGUGGGUCGGGAAUCCGUCUGCGUCAGAACGUGCCGUAUUCGGUACGGCAUAUCGCGAGCAGGAGGAGAAGCGCUUCAUGUCCGCACUUCACACUGUGGGGAUGCCCAAUGCGGAAACUCCGGGGCCGGGAGCUUACCGCACUGCUGACAACCGGCUGCUGAAGACGGAGAAGUCCGCCAAGUUCGGCACCGCCCCCCAGCGCCCCGAUGUGCCCAAGGAGGCGCUGGGGAAGCCGGGGCUGUGUACCACCUCCCUCCACGCUCCCACCAAUGUGUCGGAGAGGUUCCCCCUGGAGCACAUGGAGGGGCCCGACGCCGCCAUCGCGCAACCGUCUUUACCGUUACAGGCGGACUCGACUGUCAGUACGGCGCUCCAGACACCUGGGGCAAUGUACGACAUCCCCAGCAUGCCGCCACCGUCCCAGGUGACCGUCUUUCCUCGCGGCCCCGCGCACUACAACCCGGAGAAGGGCGGCAACUCGAAGGGGCCUUAUAUCGGCAGGCUGCACGAGGACGCGCACAAGGGUAUUGACUCCCCCGGCCCGGGGGCCUACCCCGCCGCCUCGUGUCUGCAACCCGCGGGGGGAGCCAAGUUCGGUCCCGCCACUCCCUCCCGCACUCCGAAACCAAACGAGGUGGAGGUGCCGGGGCCGGGCGCCCACAACCCGAAUUUCGGCGCAGCGUCUGUUCGGCCCACCGCCGCCUCCUUCUCCAUGGGCGCGAAUCUGAGGACGGACUGGGCGGCAUUUAGUCCCAACACGCCGGGACCUGCGGCGUACUCGUUGCCUAAUCCGGACCGUGCCAGUAACAACACCAGCGCCCCGAGCUAUUCCAUGGGAGCGGCGCCUGCCGGUCGGCUGAGCCACGUGGCCCGCACCAGCACCCCCGCCCCGGACGCAUACGGGCGCCCGGAGGACCCCCGGGACCGCAGUGCGCUGAAGAAGGGCUUCUCCUUCGGUGUGCGGGAGCGAGCCAAGCAAGAGGGAACCGUCAUUUCGAACAGGUACCACGGGCCCCUGCACGCCCAGGAGGGUAUGUGUACGGAGUCCCCCGGGCCGGGGUGCUACGACAACCCCCCCGCCUCCGGGGCUGUCUCCACCGCCACCGGCACACGGUUCGGCACUUCGAGUCGAGAUGCCGGGUCCAAGAUCUACAUCUCCCAUAUGCAUGCGGCCGCGGAGGGGUACGGCACGGCCUCUCCGGGCCCGGGCUGCUACAACGUGGCGGAGACGGGGGGUCUGGGCAGCGGCGCCAAGUUCACAGCCAAGGUGGCGCCCAAGUUCGGCACCAGUCCGCGAUUCUCCGACAAGGUUUGCACCAAGUAG